CCCCUCCCCCCGUGCCACCUGCCCUGUUAUCCCUUCCCCUAUCCUUGUGUCACCCUCUCCAUCAUCCCCUCACCCCCUCUUGAGCGAGAACAGCUGAUGCCCAGCAACAGUCACGUGACCGUCUGUCGGUGCCCGCAGCGCAGGUACGACGCGUUCCAUUGUGGAGUAGAGUGGAGACGCCAAGGGAGUGAAUUAAACCCUAUUUCUUUUCUUUCGCUUUGAUACUUUGAUUGCCAAUCUCCAGCACGAUGACUAAGUUCCUCACGAACAUAGUGAGGCGAGGAUGGGUGAGUGACAUGUGUCAGGGAAGGAACUUCAGCCUCUCAAAUGCACGCUCGCUGCACAAGACGGUUCUCCACGACUUCCAUGUUGCCAACGAGGGGAAAAUGGUUGAGUUUGCUGGGUACUCCAUGCCUGUCCAAUAUGGCAAAGUGGGCAUAGCAACCUCGCACAAACAAAUACGAACCCAGUGUGGGUUGUUCGACGUGUCACAUAUGUUGCAGAGCAAGUUGCAUGGCAAGGACAGGAUCAAAUUCAUAGAGGGACUCAUAGUUGGAGACAUCGAAGGCCUCGCGGACAACACAGGAACGUUAUCGCUUUUCACCAACGAAAAAGGAGGGAUAAUCGAUGAUUUGAUAUGCAGCAAGACGGAUCAAGAUUAUUUAUAUGUAGUUAGUAACGCAGGUUGCAAGGAGAAAGACCUGCAGCACCUGAGAGAACAUCUGGCGAGCUUCAAGGCUGGCGGAGGCGAUGUCGAACUCGAGAUCAUCGACGACCACGGUCUGGUGGCUGUGCAGGGCCCCGGGAUGGCCAAGAUUUUGCAGCCUUUAGUGGAGGGAGACUUGAGUCAACUCUAUUUUAUGACGACCCAAGAGAUGAAGGUUGCAGGCAUCCCCUGCAGAGUAACAAGGUGUGGUUACACGGGGGAAGAUGGCGUUGAAAUAUCCGUCCCUAAUGAUAAGGCUGUAGAACUCUGUGAGACUCUGGUUGGCGCAGAUGUUCAUCUUGCUGGUCUUGGAGCACGAGAUUCCCUAAGGCUGGAAGCUGGACUCUGCCUCUAUGGAAAUGAUAUUGAUGAUGAUACCACGCCCAUUGAGGCGGGCUUGGCUUGGACUAUUGGGAAGAGACGUAGACAGACUGCUGAUUUCUUAGGAGCUGAGAUCAUACUGAAACAGCUAAAAGAGAAGCCAAAACGCAGACGUGUGGGUCUAGUGUGUAGUGGACCUCCACCCAGGGCACACUGUCCAGUUCUUGAUGCUGAUGGUAGCCAAGUUGGUGAGGUUACAAGUGGUUGUCCAGCCCCAUCAUUAGGAAAGAAUGUUGCCAUGGCUUAUGUUCCAGCUGCCUUGGCAAAAGCAGGCACAGAGUUGUUUGUUCAAGUGCGAAAAAAGUCCAUCCCAGCUAAAGUAUCAAAGAUGCCUUUUGUCACCUGCCAUUAUUAUACCAAGAAGUAGAAGCAUGCACAGAUUGAAAAAGAUUUUUUAAAGAUUUUUGAAAAAUCUUCCUUUUUGAAUUUCUUGCUAAAUGUGAGUGUGUGUAUAUUUGUUGCUAAUGUUUACUUUUUCUUCUUUUUUCUCCUCUCUUUCAUUCUAAAGGAAUACUAAGUUUUACAUAUGAUUAUGGAUAUUACUGAGUUAUUGAUAGUGAAGACUUUAGUAAUGGUGCUGCUUAUAGAAUAAUAUAGUGAAGGUUAGUAAAGAUAAAAGAUGUUUUUUAAGAUCAACAAUUUUUUUUUAUCAAGGAAAUUUUUAUACAUACCUAAUAUAGUGGAGUUAUAUUUCAGUGCUUGCACACUUUUAUGUGAGUGGUAUUUCGUAUUGAUACAAGGUUAUUCAGAAUUGAUAAAAUUAAUAAUACAUUAAAUUGAAGCAGAUACAAGAGUAUAAUAAAAAUGACAAGGUUAAAGAUUUGAUCACUGAUAAUUUUAAUAGGGAGCUUUACUUUUAGUUAAACUCAGCCGUGCCUUUAUGCAUCUGCAAGCAAAAUGCUCACAUACAAGGCAUAUGUACAGUGUUUAAGUAAGAAUUGCUGUAAAAUGGCUUCAUAUAUAUAGUUUUAUACAAUAUUAUAAAAAGUGCAAUUUAUAUUUUUCGUUUUCAGUAAAGUACUUUAUUAUACAUAUCUUAAAGUUUCUGUCUUUGUGUCUGCAGUCUUACCAGACUUUACAAAGUGUGUGAAGUUUUUAAAGAAUAGAAAAUGAAAAGAUGUGUACACACUGCUUCUCCUUUUUUUGAAAUUGGAAGAUCAGUAAUCUGAUAUAGUAUAGAAAAUAAUUUGAAAAUACAGAUAGUUCUAUCACCAUUUGAUAAUCUACUUACUGUCACCAUGAGGCAGACAAACAAGUCCUAUCUUCAAGGAAAUACAAAGCUAUCCUACUCCUAAAUGCAUGGAUACAUGCAAAAUGCACAUUCAUAGAGGCUGUUAUUUUAAAAUGGUUUAUGAAAUGAGCCUCAGUAAUCAGUUCAAAAUUUCUCAAGAAAACUACCAAUAAGUGCAUUAUCAAAACCCAACAAAUGUGGAACCGAGAGGAUUUCAGAUAAAAAAUUACAGAUUCUCCUGUAUUUUUUCCUUACAUUAGUGGAGCAGUCUAUAAUAAGGAUCCAAGUGGAUUUCAUAACAAGGGCAUAUCCAGAUUUUGUAGUAAUUUUCCUUUAAGGUAGAUGGUUUGUGGAAAUCCAUCAGUGACAUAACCAGUUUCAUUCAAAGACUUUUGGAUAUUGAUUGGAACAAUUGCAUGAUACUCAUUGGCAGUACACAAAUAGAACAAGUUUGAGAUAUCACUACUGCAAUCUUGCUGACCAUUUUUCAUCCUGUUGUAGUCCCACCUGAAAAGACCUGCCUUUCUAUUCUUACUCAUUUUGUGGUGAAUGGUCACAUAUUUUCCAUUAGAUGAUACACAAUGGAAUAACUGCUCAAAAUAGUAGAUUUAUAACUUAGAAGCACAAAUGUAAAGGCAAUAGUGUUGCAAAAGAGUCAUUAGGUUGUACAAGAUAACUUGGAAAAGUGGAUAAAUAUCAAUAUUUUUGUGAAUACAUUUAGAUUCUGAUUUUAUGUUGCCUUUUGUUCAUUCUUAAAUUAUUGUUAAAUUAAUGUUACCUUUUCACCAACCCUUGUAGUCUUCUGAUAUAGGGUAUUUUGUAUAAAAGUAAAAAGCCAUGUUAGUACUAAUUCUCAAAAACACAUAUAUGUUGUUAACUCAAGAAAAUAAAAGCUUUAUCUUGGUGACAAAGUGUUCUUUAAUAGAGCAAUAUGUUUAUUUUUUUUUUUUAUCUGUGUAUUUUCUCUAGCCGAUCAGGCCAUUGGAAGCUAAUCAUAAAAGAAUACUCUGUUUUCCUCAUGCCUAUUUUUUGUUGAAUUUUCCAGCUAUGGAAUGAGGAUGCUGAUUAGUAUAUACCUUUACUUAAGUGCAAUAUAUAUACAUGUUUUGUACAGGUAUUGAUGUUAUUUUUAUUUAUGUUGAUAACAAAUGAAUACCUUUUUCCUUAUUGGAAAGAAAGAGUUGGAUUGUUAUUUUCUUCUUUUCUUUUUCUUAAUUGUUUAUGGUGCUAAUUUUCUUUUGUUGUCUUUUGUUAAUGCUUUAAUUUUUGUUGAGGUGCUAUUUACUUUGCACCUUUUUUUUACCCUCUAAUGGAAUUUCACAAAAUUAAUUAUUC